GGCCGGUCGGCCGCCCGCCGUGGAGGAGUCUGGGUGCCACCACGAGCUGAGCUGUUCUUUGGCGGUGGCGUGAAUUGACGGUUGGAGAUGCAGACAAAUAGGCCUUUGCGCCUGAGAGCUUCAGUGUCCACACCACAGCAAGCAAUGGAGCCGGAAGCUGUACCAACGAAACAGUCUUUUGAGAAACAGUCGUCAAGUGGAGAGGCUGUGAGUCCAGAUACGAGGAUUCAAGAGACGUCUGAAAAACAGUCGUUAAGUAGUAAAGAGACUGCGAUUCCAGAUGCCAAGAUUCAAGAGACUCCUAGACGGCACUUACGGAGUAGAGUUAUUGAAAUUCAACCCCCUGAAGGCAACAAGAUUACAAGACCAUCUCAAAGGAACUCUCAAGAUGUUCCUCUUAAUGGCACUACACCAACAAAAGGGGCAGUCUGGAGCCCAGAGGCUGAUUCAGGUUCUGAUUCAGAUGAAUGUGUGGUAUUGGAGUCCAGACUGGAUCUGACAGAGAAGGAGCCAGGGAACGUGAGCCCUGCGAAAGUGAACAGAGGGCAGGAAGUACAAUUGGAGACAGAAGAUGCCAAAAAAUGUGAUUCAGAUCUGGAAACGACAGAGACGUCUGAAAAACAGUCGUUAAGUAGUAAAGAGACUGCGAUUCCAGAUGCCAAGAUUCAAGAGACUCCUAGAAUGCGGUUACGGAAUAGAGUUAUUGAAAUUCAACCUCCUGAAGACAGCAAGAUUACAACACGAUCUCCAAGGAAGUCUCAAGAUGUUCUAUACAGCACUACACCAGCAAAAGUGGCAGUCUGGACCCCGGAGGCUGAUUCAGGUUCUGAGUCAGAUGAAUGUGUGGUAGUGGAAUCCAUGCUAGAUCUGACAGAGAAGGUGCCAGGGAACGUGAGCCCUGCGAAGGUGAACAGAGGGCAGGAAGUACAAUUGGAGACAGAAGAUGCCAAAAAAUGUGAUUCGGGUCUGGAAAAGGCACAGGUUACACAAGAGCCAUUUCCAAAGACUUUGAGAUGUAUCACUCCAGUGUUUCUCAUGUCUGAGCAGAUCGCCCCUGGCAAAAGGAACAGCAACCACUCUGAUGAUUGUGUGGUAGUGGAAUCCAUGCUAGAUCUGACAGAGAAGGAGCCAGGGAACGUGAGCCCUGCGAAGGUGAACAGAGGGCAGGAAGUACAAUUGGAGACAGAAGAUGCCAAAGAAUGUGAUUCGGGUCUGGAAAAGGCACAGGUUACACAAGAGCCAUUUCCAAAGACUUUGACAUGUAUCACUCCAGUGUUUCUCAUGUCUGAGCAGAUCGCCCCUGGCAAAAGGAACCGCAACCACUCUGAAGAACCCUUGCAGACGGAACCAGAGCUGAAGACUGAGGAGGAGAAUGAAGAGGAAAGAAAGCCUUUGGAAAAAAGUGAAGUGUUAAUCGAGGAGAUAGAAGAACUAUAUAUGGAAAAUGAAAAGCAUGUGAAAGACGUCUCGCUGAAGGAAUCAACACCGUUGGCUACAGGAUUUCUGCCACCACAAGAACUUGGAAGACUCCCAGUAAAAAACAGCAACUCUGUUGGAAGGGGACAGCUGGGAACUGUGCACUCACAGAUGGACAGUAAGGUGGAAGAGCAUGAAAAUCCUGUGAAGAUCUGUAAACAAAAGGUCAAUAAAAAGAGGAAGAAAGAUGAUGAUGUGGAAGAGGCAAGGCCGCAAAAGGCUCUUAAGAAAAGGAAGCAUUUCACUGACCAAACUGAAGAGAAGCUGGAGGAGGUGGAAAGUGAAGGAACAGAGGAGUGUGAGAAAAUAUCGGCUAAGCCAGAACAUCGAUUGAUUGUGCGGAAUCUGGAUCCUUCAAAGACCUUCAGCGAGCUCCAGAUCGCUCUCAUUCAUUUCUUUUUGAAAAGAAACCUGUCACUUACUGGCAUCAAAAUCAAGAAAUCUAGAAAACAAGGCCAUGUGACCUUCCUGUCGCAAAAGGAUCUGAAUCGAGCUGUGGAGUUAGAUGGGAAGCUAUUGCUGGGUAACGUGCUACAAUUGUGUAAGGAGCAGGACCUUGAAAUCCCUGCAGCAGCAGUUUUAAAUGAGAAAAGCAAGGAGUUGGACACCGUAUUUCGAGAAAAGAAGAAAAAGAAGAAAAUUCAGGAAAUAGUGGUUUUAAAUGAGAAAAGCGAGGAUUUGAACACCGUGGUUCGAGAAAAGAAGAAAAAGAAGAAAGUUCAGGAAAUAGCAGUUUUAAAUGAGGAAAGCAAGGAGUUGGACACCGUGUUUCGAGAACAGAAGAAAAAGAAGAAAAUUCAGGAAAUAGCCUCCUGGUGUCUGUAUAUGCGGAACCUGAACUCUAAGAAGACGUCAAAUACACUGAAGACACGUAUCGGGCUUUUUCUAUCCAAGAGACAGCUGCCUUUCCAGACGGUCACAGUGGAUCCUUCCAGACGCUCUGCCUGUGUAGACCUGUCCUCUGAGGAUGACCUGAAUAAGGUGCUGGAGUUUGAUGGCUUUAAGAUCUUGGGGAGAAUUGUCAGAUUCAGCAAAGUGGAGAAACUUGGCGAAUUGGACCAAGAAAAAGACGCCAGGAUACUCUACAUCAAAAAUUUUUCCGCUACGUGUUCCCCAAAGGACCUGAAGAAUUUAUUUACGAAUGCCAUUAAUGUUAAGAUAAAAACCCAUCCCAAAAAGAGCAAUAGGUUUGCAUUUGUUAAAUUCAAAACCGUGAAAGAUGCAAAGCAGGCCUUCCGGAAAAUUGGGAAGGAGGGGAAAGGCAAAAAUAUAGAAAUAAAGCGGAUCUUCACCCCAGUUCUUCACAAAGUCUGCAGCCAGAACCCAGCAAAGAAACUCCACACACAGGAUGAAGCAUCCAGCCAGCCCCUAGCAAAGAGAAAGUACACACAGGCUGAAGACAAGGGAUUUUCUGGGGGUCCAAAGAUAGGAGGAAAUGAGAAAAGCGAGGAAUCGGACUCUGUGCUUAGAGGAAAGAGGAAAAUUCAGGAAUUGGUGGUUUUAAGUGAGAAUAGCAAAGAGUCGGACACUGUGUUUCGAGAAAAGAAAAAGAAGAAAAUUCAGGAAAUAGUGGUUUUAAGUGAGAAUAGCAAAGAGUCGGACACUGUGUUUCGAGAAAAGAAAAAGAAGAAAAUUCAGGAAAUAGUGGUUUUAAGUGAGAAUAGCAAAGAGUCGGACACUGUGUUUCGAGAAAAGAAAAAGAAGAAAAUUCAGGAAAUGGCUGUUCCUGUGACAGCCUCCUGUUGUCUGUACGUGCGGAAUCUGAACUUAAGGAAAACGUCAAAAGAACUGGAGGAGGCCAUUGGGAAUUUUCUGUCCAGUAAAAAGCUACCAUUCAACACGGUCACAGUAAAUCCUUCCAGACGCUCUGCCUGUGUGGACCUGCCCAGUGAGGAUGACCUGAUUAAGGCGCUGGAGUUUGAUGGUUUUAAGAUUCUUAAGAGUAUUGCCAGAUUCAGCAAAGUGGAGAAGCUUGGAGAAUUGGACCAAGAAGACGACUCCAGGAUAUUACACGUCAGGAAUUUUCCCGCUACACUCAGCCCAAAGGACCUGCAGAAUGUAUUUACCAAUGCCAUUGACGUUCAGAUAAAAACCCAUCCCAAAAAGAGCAAAAGGUUUGCAUUUGUUCGAUUCAAAACCAGGAAAGAUGCUGAUAGGGCAUUUCGGAGAGAUGAGAUGGAGAUGGAAGGCAAUAUAAUAAAAAUAGAGAGGACCUUCUGGAAAGACUCUGAAGAGUGUUCGGGAAAGAAAAUCCACACCCAUGCUGAGGACUCCACCCAGAUCCCAGCCAAGGUUACGAAUCCCACUAACAGCCUGUUUAUACGUGGACUAAGACAUAAAACCAAGAUUGAGACUCUGAUGUCUAUCUUUGAAGGGGCAGUGAGUGCCAUGAUACCAAGAGGUGAUCAGGCAGUACAGUUUGGGUUUGUUCACUUUGAGACGGCAGAAGAGGCAGAGGAAGCCAUGACAAAGAUGCAGAAUAAAAAAAUAGAUGGCAGAAAGGUGGAGAUUUAUUUUGCAACAUGCCCCCGGGGAAAGGGAGGCAAGCACAGAUCAUUCAACAGAAAUAUGGUUGCCAAUGGUGCGCAAAGAGUUACUGACGAAAUUGAACGUGAUCAGAAAGAAGACAUCCAGUACACAGAAGGCAUUUAAGAAGAAAUAAUUAUGAGCUUGAAUAUCUUUUAAAAUCAAACCUUUUAAAAAGGUAAUUGCUCCGAUUAUUUCUUGAAGGUUUUGACUUGAGGGGAAGCACCGUUUCCUGGGUGCCGACUGCCCUGUAUCUCAAGCAGUCUGUUUCUUGUAACUCAAGUAGUGAGUGGAGGUAUUGGAGGCGAUGGGAGUGGGUGAAAGCCCAGCUGAACCCCAAACCUGAACUGACCUGAGCUGCACCUGUGCACUUUACAGAAAAGGUCAUUCAAUCCAAUUAGGGCAGGAAUGCUAUUGAUUAUCUUCUCUCCCUCACACAGCCCAGAGAUCCCCAAAGCAUCCCCAAACAAUACAAAGGUCCUGGGCACACAAAACACUGGUGUUUGAUGGAGUCCUGUAGCUCAGUGGUUAGAGUACUCGUCUCUCAAGCCAGAGGACCUGGGUUUGAUUCCUGGGCUGGACGAAACCUUUGAAACUUUUGCCGGCUCUUUGAAAAGAAUUACCCAAAUCAAUCCCACUCCCCUGCGCUCUCCCCUUGACCCUGCGAACGUGUUCUCCCCAAAUAAUUAUCUACUCUCUUAAAACUUAAUGAAUCGGCUUCCACCAUCCUUUCAGGCAUUCCAGAUCCCAACAACUCGCUGUGUGAAAACAUUUCUCCUCACCUCCCCUCUGUUUCUUAUAACAAUUAUUUUAAAUCGGUGCCCUCGGGUUACUGACCCACCCACCAGUAGAAAUAGUUUCUCCUUGUUCACCCUAUCAAAUCCCCUCACUAUUUUGAAAACUUCUGUUAAGUCUCCUCAACCUUCUUUUCUCCAAGAAGAAUAAUCCCAGCUUCUCUCGCCUCUCCUGAGAGCUGAACUCCCUCAUUCCUGGUACCAUCCUGGUAAAUCUCCUUUGCACCCCCCCCCCAAUGCCUUCACAUGCUUCCUAAAGUAUGGUGCCCAGAACUGAACGUAGUCUCUAGCUGAGGCCUAACCAGUGUUUUAGGGGUGUCUGGUAUUAGCUCUCAGUGGAAUGUCACACCUCGGAAGCCAGGGCAGGAGGGGAAGAUGACUAGUGCAUGAGAAAUGGUUGCUUGAGAUGAGGUAUAGGAGGCGACUGAUGUCCUUCUCAACGCCCUUAGGAGAGGAGUGAGAAUUUUUAAAAUAUUCUUCUGAGGUUCAUGAAACUGGAGCAUUUGAAAUGUUGCAGCUGCAAAACCGACUGUUACUUGUUCCUGUUACUAAUCACGUUUUACAGCUCUAACGUCAAAUUCUACAUGGUGAUGGAGCUGGGACUUCAGUUUAUAGAUUUAGUUUGCUUUAUAUGUUACGUGGAAUGCACAUCGAGCAAAGAACAUGCAAAUCUCCAUGUAAUAAAUUGGUUACCACA